AUGGAUUCCAAUCAAACACACCCCACGGUGACGGGACCGCUGUCUUCAACCGAGACAGCGAUGCUGGAGGUGCUAGUUCCUGGUUAUGGCUUUAUAUCACGCAUUUUGAUGUCAUAUCUCAAUAUCGACAUCAACGCCUACAUCCAACUAGUGGUGGCAAUGGCUGUCUUCGGCGCAAGCAUUCGAUACAUCUACAGUCAAGUCUCAGUCCAUUUCAGCCAUUACUUCAUAUCCAGAGCCGAGAUCCGCCUCGAUGACGAGAUCUUCAAUUACUUGAUGUACUGGAUCUCACGCCAAUCUCACAUGAAACAAACAAACCGAUUUGUGGCGGGCAUCAAAAGCAACGGAUACUGGAGCGACGACGAAGACUCAGAUGCUGGAGAUGAAGACGAAGAUUGGGACACGCCAGGAGAUAAUGGCAAACCUGCUUCCUUCGAUGACUGCUGGGCAAAGGUGCUCAGCCGCGACAAGUACAAAGCCCUCCGAUUCACCCCAGCCCAGGGUUCCCACUACUUCUGGUACCGAAACCGGCCAAUCAUGCUAGAGCGACUGCAUCAACAAGGGAGCGCACGCUGGGUCUUGAACAAUGAGCGACUGUAUCUGUCAUGUCUCGGUCGGGACCCAACCAUCCUGAAGACAUUGCUGGCGGAGGCGCAACAGGCCUACGUUGAGCGCGAUGGGAACCUCACUGUCAUUUAUCGCGGUCAGCGACCAUGUGCUACAUCUGCAUACGAUUGGUAUCGUGGCAUGGCCCGACUUCCGCGUCCUCUCUCAACCGUCAUCCUCGACCAGGAACAGAAACAGUCAUUUAUCGAUGACAUCAAGGAAUAUCUGCACCCUCGGACCCGUCGCUGGUACUCUAAUCGUGGCAUCCCGUAUCGACGUGGAUACCUCUUCCACGGUCCCCCUGGAACCGGAAAGACAAGUCUGUGUUUUGCUGCUGCCGGCUUGUUAGGAUUGAAGCUUUACUUGCUUAAUUUGAAUUCUACAGCCCUGGACGAAGAUGGUCUCGCGUCUCUAUUUGCAGCCCUGCCGCGGCGAUGCAUCGUGCUCCUUGAAGAUAUUGAUGCUGCGGGUAUCACCAGCACUCGAGGAAAAACUAUCAUUUCGACCCCGGAGCCCAUCAUAGACGAGAUCAUCUCAGGCGACGGAGAUGGCGAAGUGGAUGCGACUGCUGUCCCUGAGAUACCUGCCAAGGGCGGUGUCACACUCUCUGGUCUUCUGAACGUCAUUGAUGGCGUUGCUGCCAGCGAGGGCCGCAUUCUCGUUAUGACCACGAAUCAUGCCGACAAGCUGGAUCCUGCUCUUCUCCGACCUGGCCGUGUUGAUAUGACUAUCAACUUUGGUUAUACCAGCGAAGCGGAUAUCAAGGAGAUGUUUAUCUCUAUCUAUAACACAACGAAGAACGAUAUUCGGCGGGUGAAGAGACCACGAACGGCUAGCAAUGGCUCUGCCAAGUCUUCAGCCAGGUGUGUUGAUGAGGAGCGGAGGAAAUCCGAAGACUCUCAGCAUGGAGUCGAGAACGAUGUAUUGCAAGAUGCUCUUCAAUCCAUUCAAUCCCGCAUUUCUCGCCUUGCAGAUGAAUUUGCUGCAAUUGUUCCCAGUGGUGAAUUGACUGCUGCUGAAAUCCAGGGUUAUCUCCUGAAUCACAAGGAAAUACCCGAGACGGCUAUCCAGAGUGCCCCGGAAUGGGUGCGAAAUGCCUUGGAGAAGAAGCAUGCGAGAGAGGAAAAGGACAAGCUUUCCUAG